ACUGAGCGAGACUUAAACUUCGCCAUGUCUGCACACUGUGUCUGUUUUAAGCGCGCAUUCAAGCAUCUGAGGUCUGAUCUGAAACGGUGCGUCUUGUUUUCACGGCUUCUCUCUACAGCCAGUUUCUCUUAUAGCAGAAUGACUGCAAACACACAGUUAGAGAGCUUUAUGGAGCAUCGUCCUGCAGUAACACGUGUAAAGAGGCUUUCUAUUGAGGGCAACAUAGCGGUUGGGAAGUCGACUUUUGCAAGGUUGCUAAGCAGUGCAGGGCGAAACUGGGAAGUCACACCAGAACCGGUCAGCAAAUGGCAAAAUGUCGAAGAGGCGACUUCACAAAUGAGACCGCCAGUGCCAUCUUCCCACCAGACAGCAACCAACCUGCUGCAAAUGAUGUAUGAAGACCCCAAACGCUGGUCCUACACCUUUCAGACAUUUUCUUGUAUGAGCCGUUUGCGCACACAGCUGCAGCCACCUCCUGCUCAGUUACUGGAAACAGGUGACGUUGCUGUUCAGGUGUACGAACGUUCCAUCUACAGUGACCGGUAUGUUUUUGCUCUGAACAUGUUUGAGUUAGGCUGUAUUAACUCCACAGAAUGGGCUGUAUAUCAGGACUGGCAUUCCUUUCUUGUUGAGCAGUUUGGUCCUAAGGUACAACUAGAGGGUAUCCUAUACCUUAGGGCACCACCUCAGACCUGCAUGGAGCGGCUGAGACACAGAGGUCGAGAAGAGGAGCAGGGAAUACAGCUGGACUACCUUGAAACCCUCCAUAAGCAGCAUGACAAUUGGCUUAUAAACAAAACUACAAAGGUUCACUUUGAUCACCUGAAAAAUAUUCCAGUUCUGGUGUUGGAUGGUAGUCUGGAGUUUGAAAGUGAUUCUGAGAUGCAGACCAAGUUUCUAACAGAGGUCACUAACUUCAUACAGGAUUUAUGAACAUCAAACUAAAGGACCAAACAUAAAUCUUGGACCCUCUGGACUAUCUGCUAGACUGAGCGCUAGGCAUUUAUUGAAGAGGAAAGAAACACCAAAAUACUUUUCAUCUGCCUGAUUUUUUUAAUGUCUUGAACCAACAGUUUUUAUCAGAGCAAACUUUAAAGUACCUAUUUGUUAAGGUGGACCCAGAAGAAAAAAACAUUAACAAUUUCUAACAAAAGUAUGUAUAAAUGAAGGUGGUUGUUUUUUUUUAAGGCCACCUUUUUUUCUAUACUGACAUGCUUAGUAAUCCUUUAGCAAAGAAAGGCCAAUUUCUUCAUCUGUCUGAUGCAAAUGUCUACACAUUGCAGAAGAACCUUGUGCUGGAAAAGGUGAAUAAAUGAACAGUCUAUAAUAAACACUUUUUUUUUAA